AUGGACAAGGAAGAUUUACUAGCACAGGCGGUAGAAAAUGACACGAAUUAUAAUGACCGAGUUGCAACAAUUCGCUCAAAUGAUCAUAUCGAUGCUAAAUUUGGAUUUGUUAGAUAUACUGGAAUCCAAGAACGGAAAGGGUUCCUGAUAAAUAUUCAGCCGUCUGAAAUCGUCGACGAACAAACUAAAGGAAUUAUAUCUGUUGUGGAUUAUUUCUUCAUAAGUGAUAUGGAUGAAAGAUUUAAGAUUUCAUAUCCGUUCCGUCCAUAUUUCUAUAUUUCAACACUUGAUAACUGCGAGUUUCAAGUUUCCUCAUAUUUAUCGAAGAAGUACGGUGGAACGACAACGGUUGAGCAUGUCGAUAAAGAAGAUUUAGAUUUGAAAAACCAUUUGUCUGGAAUCAAAAAAACUUACAUCAAACUAUCAUUUCCAAGCACUGUCGAAAUGAACAAAGUGCGUAAAGAACUAAUGCCAAUAAUUCGAAAAAACAAGGAGAAAAUAAAGAAAGAAUCACAAUAUGUCACAUUUCUUGCUAAUAAUAUUGCGGGAAAUUCGAAAACUGAAAGCCAAGAUGGUGAUAUUUUAUCCCAGAUUGUUGAUAUUAGGGAAUAUGAUGUCCCAUUUCAUAUGAGGGUUUCAAUCGAUGAAAAAAUUUUUGUUGGACUUUGGUACGAUGUUAAGGGAAUUGGUCCAAAUAGGAUUCCAGUAAUCAAGCGAAAAGACUUGGCAUUUUUCCAUGCGAAACCCAAAGUUCUUGCGUUCGAUAUUGAAACCACAAAAUUACCGCUGAAAUUUCCGGAUCGCGAGACGGACGAAAUCAUGAUGAUAUCAUAUAUGGUUGAUGGGCAAGGUUAUUUAAUAAUUAAUCGCGAAAUUGUUGCCGCUGAUAUUAAUUCGUUCGAAUAUACUCCGAAGCCCGAAUACAAAGGCGAAUUCAUUGUGUGGAACGAAAAAGAUGAAGCAGCACUUGUUAGGAAGUUUUUCGACCAUUUCUUGGAAGUUCGUCCUAAUAUUGUUGUCACUUAUAACGGAGACUUUUUCGAUUGGCCUUUUGUUGAAGCUCGUGCAAAAAUCCGAGGAUUUGACAUGGAAAAAGAAAUUGGAUUCUCGAAAGAUGCUGCCGAUGAAUACAAAAGUCGAAAUUGUAUUCAUAUGGACGCUUUUCGAUGGGUCAAAAGAGAUUCAUAUCUUCCUGUAGGAAGUCAAAAUCUGAAAGCAGUCACAAGAGCUAAACUUCGAUAUGAUCCUGUUGAGGUUGAACCUGAGCUUAUGUGCAAAAUGGCUAGGGAACAGCCACAACAAUUGUCCAAUUACUCGGUUUCGGAUGCAGUUUCGACAUAUUAUCUUUAUAUGAAAUACGUUCAUCAAUUCAUUUUCGCUCUUUGCACAAUUAUCCCACUUGGCGCCGAUGAUGUACUGAGGAAAGGUUCCGGAACUCUUUGCGAGGCUUUGUUGAUGGUUGAAGCAUUUCAUAAUAAUAUCAUCUUUCCUAAUAAGUACACAGGAUCCGAUGAGACUCAAUUCAGUAAAGAUGGCCAUAGAAUCGAAAGCGAAACGUAUGUUGGAGGACAUGUCGAGGCUUUAGAAGCUGGAAUUUUCCGUGCGGAUAUUCCGGCAAAAUUUCGACUUUCUGUUCCCGCUCUUCAACAAUUGAAAGAUGAGGUCAGCGAAACAUUGCGAAAAGAAUUAGCCAGAGAAUUCGGUGUGACAUUGGAUCAAGUGGUUGAUUUCGAAGAAAGGUGUGAAGAGGUUCGGAAUACGUUUGAUGAGCUUCUGGCGGCUCCAGUGCGUCUCGAGAAUCCCCGAAUCUAUCAUCUUGAUGUCGGUGCGAUGUAUCCGAAUAUUAUUCUCACAAAUCGUCUACAACCAUGCGCUAUGGUUGACGAAGAGAUUUGUAUGGGAUGCUCGUUCAAUAAGCCCGAUGCCCAAUGUAAACGAACAAUGGCUUGGGAAUGGAGAGGAGAAUUGAUACCGGCGACACGUGGAGAAUAUCAACAAAUAAUGCAACAGCUUGAAGCCGAAUCUUUCGGAAAACCGCCGAAGCCGUUUCAUGCGCUGGACAAGAAUGAAAGGGCACAGAUUGAAAUGAAAAGAGUUAAAGAUUAUUGUCGCCGCGUUUAUGGCAAAACACACAUUACGCGUUUGGAAAUGCGAAACACCACAAUUUGCCAGCGUGAGAAUCAUUUCUACGUGGAGACUGUCAAAGCUUUUCGUGAUCGACGCUAUGAAUAUAAAGAUAUGCUGAAGAAAUCAAAAGGGAAAUUUGAUGCGGCCGCCGCUGCGAACGAUUUGGCAACAAUGACAACAGCCAAAUUGGAAAUGGUACUUUACGAAUCCCUUCAACUUGCUCACAAGUGUAUUCUUAAUUCCUUCUAUGGUUAUGUAAUGAGAAAAGGAAGUCGAUGGUUUUCCAUGGAAAUGGCUGGUAUUGUGUGUCAUACUGGAGCCAACAUCAUCACAGAAGCGAGGAAGUUGGUUGAACAGAUUGGAAAGCCUUUGGAAUUGGAUACCGAUGGAAUCUGGUGUUUAAUUCCGGCGACUUUCUCCGAGAAUGUCACGUUCAAAUUGCAAAACCAUAAACGCAGUUCUGUUGCGGUUUCGUACCCGGGAGCCAUGCUCAAUGCAUUGGUUUACAGCGGAUUUACGAAUCAUCAAUAUCAUACACUGCAAAAAGAUGGAACAUAUACGGUGUCGUCAGAGAAUUCAAUUUAUUUUGAGGUUGAUGGCCCUUAUCAGUGUAUGAUCUUGCCAGCAUCAAAAGAAGAAGGGAAAAAGCUGAAAAAGAGAUACGCGGUAUUUAAUCUAGAUGGAUCGCUUGCUGAAAUGAAAGGAUUCGAAUUGAAACGUCGUGGAGAGCUGAAUAUCAUUAAGCAUUUUCAGUCUUGCGUCUUCAAAACGUUCCUUGAAGGCUCAACACUUGAAGAGGCUUAUAAAUGUGUCGCCGCCGAUGCCGAUCAUUGGCUAGACAUUUUGUUUUCACACGGAUCCGAUCUAUCCGACGCUGAACUUUUCGAUUUGAUUUCGGAGAAUAGGAGUAUGUCGAGGAAGCUGGAAGAUUAUGGAGCACAGAAAAGCACCAGUAUUAGUACAGCGAAGCGGCUUGCAGAAUUUCUCGGAGAGGAAAUGGUCAAGGAUGCUGGACUUGCGUGCAUGUUCGUCAUCUCCAAAUACCCUCUUGGAGCACCGGUUACCGACAGGGCAAUUCCAGUGGCUAUCUUUAAGGCUGAUCCAAAAAUUCGAAGUUUUUACAUUCGGAAAUGGACGAAACACGCGGAUUUCAACGACGAAACCGAUAUUAGAGAUAUUCUCGAUUGGGAUUAUUACAUUGAACGUGUUGGUAGUUGCAUUCAGAAAAUUAUCACGAUUCCAGCAGCCCUACAAGGCGUCAGCAAUCCCGUGCCGAGAGUGCCUCAUCCGGAUUGGCUGCAGAGCAAAAUACGGAACAAAGUUGAUUUCCAUCGUCAACCGCGAAUCAACUCGAUUUUCGCCAAAUGCCGAAAACCGGCUGAGCCGGAUUCCGGAAAACGGAAAAGAACACCGGAAAUCGAACAUGACGUCGAAUUGGUGGAUGAUAAUAGCGAUAAGGAGAAUUGCGCUAAACGAAUUAAAGAACCCGUCAAAGAGGUAGAGAGUGAGGCAAUGGAAAAGAAAACGAUAGGCACACACGGAUUUGACGAAUGGCUGGCAUUCAUGAAACGAAAAUGGGCGGCUCAAAGAAAAGAGCGGCGAUUGAUGUUGGCUAAUAAGGACAGUGAUGCGGUCGAGUCGAUUGUUCGUGGUGCGAGAAGUGCAGCAAGUGAAAGGCAAUGGCAAGUGAUCAGCGUCGAAUCAACAAAAGAUCCAUCAUUUUUCAAUAUUUGGGUGAAUGUCAAUGGAAUGAUGAACAAAAUUUCGCUGAAAAUGACUCGAACUAUUUUGGUGGAUUGCAAGGAACCUAGACAAGGUCGGGAAACUGUUCGCAGAAUUCUGCCCCGUCAUCAGCCAGCCACAUUCCUCUACGAGUAUAAGACGGAUGAAUCGCACUUGAACUCGUUGAUGGACAAACUAUAUUCUGAGACGUGCUGCUCGUCGAUUGAUGGAAUUUAUGAAUCAGAGGUUCCGCUGGAUUUCAGGAUUCUCAGCUCGCUCGGCAGCAUUAUUCGACCAGAAAUGGGAAUUUCGGCACACAGUUCGGCGUGUACUGUUGAGAAUCUUCGACCAGUUGCAUUCCAUAUCGAUCGCGUCUCUUAUUUGCCGGAUCAACCUCGAACCAUUUUCCUUUACAAAUUCUCACAAGACACACGACAUGUAUGGUCCCUCAUUGAUUCCAGUGGGUCAAAUGCAUACCUGUUUAUUGUAAACAACGCUGAAAUCCAAUUGCCUAAUAUGGAAGGCCUUUAUGAAGCUGCGUAUCGAAAAAUAAAAGAAACGGAAAAGGGGCAGUUGAUUACCGCUGCCGACAGGGUCCCAUUCACAAUGAAACGGUUCGGAUCGGCCGCAGAAUGCGAGAAACAUGUUGGAAAAGCGUUGAGAUCUUAUCGAGAGCUCACUUCGAAGACUUCAAUCGUGCUAAUGCUUUCUGAUGUCGAUUCAAAUCGAUUGAUGAAAAAAGUUCCAAACCUUGGUCUGUUCCCUAAUGUCCGCCUUCAUAUUUCCGAGCCAUCAUCGCUAUUGAAUCAGCUCGAUUGGCAGAAAAUCGUUGCUCGACGAAUUAUUCAGCACUUCUUCAAUUCAUUCUUUUUCCUUGUCGAUUAUCUGGAAUGGGCAAGAUAUCUACGGAUACCACUCGGAAAUGUGCCAUCGGAUCAUUCACUGUUUGCUCUCGAUUUGUUGUAUGCGAGGCAUUUGCAACAAGCGGGACAUGCGCUGUGGGCUUCCAAGUCCAGUAGGCCAGACUUGGGCGGCAAGGAAUUGGACGAUAUUCGAUUGUCUGUAGAUUGGAAGCCUUUAUCCGUUGAUGAUACAGUCCUUCUUAACCGUGAGACAUUCUGCGAAACGGCGUGUGUUGAGUUGCAAUUGAGAGCUGUAGCGGUGACAGCUCUUGUCCAACGGAGUCGAGUUCUCGAAGCUGAAGGAGCUGAUGAUGUGGUUGCAUUUGAUACGGCCAACGUGCUUCCGUUCCAAUCAAUUACUGGCGAGAAGAACUCUCUUGCUUGCUAUGAUGAAGGAGCGUCAGUCGAUGGCAGCAUUAAAAUCUUGAAGCAAAUGCUGACUGAAUGUGUUCGUCAUAUUGCACAACACUCGAAUGCACGAGCCGACGAAAUUGUGAUGACGGUGGGAAGGUGGCUGAACACAAGAUCCGCGUUGCUUUUCGAUCCCGCUCUUACCAGGAGUAUUGCAGUUCUUGAGAGUAAACUCGUGCUUCUUCUUUGUGCGGAAUGCGAGAGGAUCGGUGCAAAAGUUAUCCAUGCAAGUGCUGAAAAAUUAGUUUUGAAUACGGGAAAGAGCACGAGUGAGGAAGCGAAAUCGUUCACCGAGAUGCUCAUUCAAUCACUUAGUCAGAAUGUGGUGUUCGCUGCCCUUCACAUCACACCAGUCAAGUUCUUCGAUGUCAUGCUAUGGAUGGAUGCUUAUAAUCAUUCCGGAAUAUGUGUGAACGGAGAUAUUGAAGAUAAUGAAGACAACAUUGAAACUGAGAAUAUUUGGCGAAUUUGCAAUGAAAUGCCCGAUGAAAGUGAAAUUCGCGAAGAAUUUGAGCAGCUCAUUGUUGGAUUCAUUAUGAUGUACAUUGAAAAACAGAAAGAAAUGCAAUUUGACACAGAAUCGGCGGGUUUGUUCCGAGCAGAUUGCAUCAGCCAUCACAUCUCACAACGAUUGUACCGAGUCGUUAACAAAUUGGUUCACAAAAAUGCAGAAAGUGGGCACGCAGCGACAUAUUUGGUGAAUGCGGUGUGUCGUGCUCUUUCCUGCGACUCAGCUUGCCAAUUGGCUGUUGAAGGCGUGAAAGAUAAUGCGCAUCGACUUCUUGAUAAUUCAAUAGUUGAAGCCGAUCAGUCCCCAAUUGUCUCGUCGACAAUGUUUGUCUCGAAUGUGUUUUGCGGUAAUUGCUCGCAAUCGUCAAACGUGUUUCUGUCGUCGAACGCCGAAAUUCCCGCAUGUUCCACCUGCCAACAUAAACUUCCACUUGAAUUAAUUGACAUGAUGGUUUGUGAUCGUCUGAAUCAGCUUCUAACUGCGUACCAAGUGCAGGAUCAUUCAUGUGCCAAAUGCAAAUCAGUUCGACACGACAAUUUGUCGCAGUACUGUGAGUGUUGUGGGCCGUUCCAUCCUACAGUAACCCCGGACCAAUUGAUUUUCGAAGCGAAAACUGUGCAAAAUGUGUCAAAAUCGAGAAAUUUGACAUUGAGCGGCGAACUAUCGACAUGGGUCUUGCAAUUAGUAUAA